AAGCGGGACGAGCAGAGCCCACAGGAGAGCGAGCAGAGCAGGCACUGCUGUGCAACACAGCUCUCGGAGAGCGUGCACUGCUGUGCACGGCACCCAUUGGAGAGAGCGUGCACCCCUGAGUGUGCACCGCUGGGCACAGCACCCUGCAGUGAGCACACACAGCUGAGCACCUGCCACCACGCACAGCACCCAUUGGAGACCCCAAACACAAAGGAGCAAGUGCCGUCCUGGGACACACAUCAUGGGCAACUGCAUCCCGGUGACCCCCAGCGUCCUGGAGAGCAAAACCUCCCUGGAUCUGCUGGAGAUCAUGGGCAACAUCUCCUACGAUGACAGCAACAUGACCUCUCUGGACUAUGACGCCGCACCCUGCCACAACCAGUACUGUCCCCUUUUCCAGCGCGUGGCCCCUGCCUUCCUCGCUGUCACCUGUGCCGCGGCCACCCUGGGCACUGGGGCGCUGCUGGUGGCACUGGCCAAGCGGCCCCAUGCCUGGGGCUGGCCCCAGAGCCGAGUGCUGGUGGCCCAGCUGGCAGUGGGGACAGGUCUCUUCGCUGCCCUGCUGCCACCAGUGGCAGUGGGCAUCGGACAGGGCUGGCGGCUGGGCACAGGGCUGUGUAAGCUCACCCACCUGCUGUGGCACUGGAGCCUCUUCGUGCAGGGGCUGCUGGUGGGCAGCAGCUCCUGCAGAACCGCCUGGUGCCGCUGGGACCCCCGGAGCCGGUGGCUGGCCGUGGCCAUGUGGGCUGGGGCACUACUGCUAGCGACGCCGGCAGCUCUCACCAGCGGCACGGUGGCGGCCCCAGAGACAAGCUGCAUCCGCCGGAAUGUGGACAUCCUCUCCCCAGUGUACCUGCUGCACCUCACCCUCUGUCUCUGCCUCUUCCUGCUGCUGCCGGCAGUGCUGCUGGUGGCCACGGUGGCCAUGCCGCAGCUAAGGGCAGGCUGGGAGCCAGGCAUCUGCAUGAGCUGGCUCUUCUUUGGGCUCUGGGUGCCUUACGGUGUGGGGCUGGCCAUGGAUUUUCUCCUGCAAGUCCAGCUGCUGCAGCCCACCUGCAGCACCUUCGAGCAUUUUGACUACGUGCUGGGGCUGUGCGAGGGUCUGGGGGUGCUGCACUGCUGCCUGGGGCCCGCAGCACUGCUCGCUGCCAGGCUCUGCCGCCACAGGGCAGGCACGAGCGGCAGCUGCUGAGUUCCUGGCGCUGCAGCCGAGGGCCCCGUGCUGGCCACUGGCACCCAGCACCAUCCCCUCUCCUCACAGUGUCCCCGCCAGCCCUGCAGCUUCUGCCCCACAGGCAAUGCCCUCCUCCCCCCCAGAACCAAGGGGAGGGCAACAUGGCCACCAGGCUUGGUGCCUCCCCUCCCUCUGUCCCCUUCCUUGGUGUCUCAGCCCCACCGUUUGGGGCCAGACACUCUGAUUUGCUCAAUGCAGAUAGCCCUGGGGUGCCUCGAGCAUCUCCCCAAGUCCCCAUAAGGGGUGUCAGCCCCAGGCUCCUGCACGCCUGCAGGGACCCUCAAGGCUCAGCCCCAGCCCCCGCCAGGCUCCACGGGGAGACUUCAGCGGGCAAACAGGGCAGUGGCAAUGUGAAGCAAUAGGAGGAUUUUUCACUCCCUCCUGACAAGCCGAGAUAAGCGUCACAUCCCACAUCAGCCAGUGGGAACUGUAUACAAUAUAUAUGUCUGUUAGAGCCACUCGCCAGGCUUGGUUAAUGGCAGAGGCUGGGAGGUGCAGGGGAGCACAGAGGGGUGACAUGCAUCAUCUCCGGCUAGGCUCCUGCAGGCCAAGGGACGGGAAGAGGGAGGCGUGUGCUCCUUGUGCCUCCAAAUUAGCAGGAAAAGUUCAUAAUGAAGCUCUGCAGUAUAUUAGCAGGAAGCAAGAUAAUUUAUAUCCAGUGCUGGAGGCAUCCAAGCCGCGCUCCUCCGUUCCCAAGAGGGAUGGCUGCGUGCAGUCACAAGGCACACAGGAUGUGAAACGGGUGUGGACAGAGAGCUGGAGGAGGGGUGUGAGCCUGCGGCUGGGACCUGCCUGCCCACAGGGUCUGGGGCCCACCAUGGCAGCGCACAAGGAGCUGCCCUGGCUGAGCUAAGCUCUGUGGGACCUGGGAGCUCAUCCCUGGUAAACUGAGGGACUG